CCCACUAGUUAAAGCUUGUUAAACUAUAAUUGGGGUAACAAAAAGCCACGUUUAAAGCUAACUUGCAUGCUGGGGUAUUUUACCUUGGCUUCAUCUUACCACCAUCAACACUACUGCAUAGAUAUGCUUUGAUGUCAUUCAUUCAAACCUUCCCAUCAAUAUGACCGCAUCUGCAAUGUCUGAUCGAUUUAGGAGAGCAAUACAAAGUGAUGAUCUCACUACAGCAAAACGGAUAUUCGAUCGAAUGACAACACAAUCCGAAGUGGCAAGUGGUAGCAGUAGUCAUGGCAACAACAUCAAAUUUGAUAUCAGAAAUCAAGCAAGUCAACCUAACAGCAUUCAUGAUCUUUCAUCAUCCCAUUCAUUUGGCCACACAUAUGGUCAGAACCAUCAUUAUCAUCAGGGAAACGAUGCUAAUUCAAUGCAUUCAACCGAGGCAUUGGGUAAUUGUCUCGCUCUUUCUGCUGCUCAAUUUAACACAGCAAAACAAAGUAGAGUCAGAGAACGCAAUCGAGAAUCAGUUCGAAUCAAAUCAAGCUUAGCAAUAGCAGUAGAGAAUGGUGCAAGUAUCGAGUUGAUUCAAUGGCUCUUGGAAAUGGGUCAUGAAAGAGGAGAUUUCUCGCGUGAUAUUCGUGGUUGCACUGCUGUCUCUUUAGCAGCUCAAAAUAAUCGUACAGAUGUGAUUGAAGCAUGUUGUAUCGAUGCAGUCGCUCAUGCUGCCACUCUACAUCAUCAACGUUCAUUGAUGUAUUAUGGAUUCCGAAACAACAUGAACGCAUACUACGAAGAUGGAGACGACGAGCUAGAAGGUGAUGAUCGUAAUUCGAAUGCAAGCGCAGAAGGUGAUCGAUCAGAAGGGGAUCUGAGCCCUGCUCUAACUCUAGUAACAGCAGCCGCUUCAACACCUUCUCGUAGACCUAGUCCAAGUCCUCUCUAUCUCGCUCGUACAGAUCGGAUUAUGGACGGAAAAGAAAUGAAAGAAGAAACACUCAAAGCAGAUCAUGAAGGUGACGAUGCAAAGUCUUCCGCAGGAGGGUCAAGUGAAAUGGAUGACAUUGUAGGAGUUACAAUCACACGAUUGCUCGAUUGUCCUGAUGAGCUUGGCAGGACGGCAUUAUCACUAGCAAGCAUGAAAGGUCAUGAAGACGUAGUUCGACUUUUGCUCGAACUAGGCGCCACACUUGAUUUGGGAGACUUUGAAGGCAAUCGACCUUUACAUUAUGCAUCAGCUUACAAUCAACUAAUCGUCGUACAAUUGCUCAUCGAGCGUGGCUGUACAUUCGCAGCAAAGAACGUCCUCGGAUUCACUGCAGCCGAUUACGCAUGGAAUGCUUCCCUCAAAAGUGCUUUGGAAGCAUUUGCAAGAGCUCAAUUUGACGUUCAACGAGUUCGUAUUCGUCGAAAGGGUGGCGGGCGUAACGAAGAUUCGCCACCAUAUCUACGUCAACAAACACAACAAUCUAAUGGCAAAGCGGGCAAUGCGCCUUCGCAACACGAUCAUACCCAUAGCGAGAAAGCUAAAGCUGCUCAAUCUCCUUCAAUCUCAAAGAGCUUAGGCCUUUUCCCUGCCCAAUUGCCUCAUUCUUCACCCGACACAUCCCUGCCAUCAUCUCCGCAACCGCCAAGUCAACCUAAAUUAACAACCCAUUUACGAGAAUUGUUCUAAGCAGCUGUUAAAGCAUCAUCAUCAUCAUCAUUUCAAUUGUAUCAUAUACAUUCAUGAACGAUAAAAGCAAUGUACAUCUCUCUUGUGCAUGAUUGCA